CCUUAGAACGGUUGAGCACAAGGUAGCUACAUAACUACCAUUCAAAGUUUACACAUAUCGCAUAUCUCUAUUAAUAUACCAAUUUUCCCAUUUCUUAGUGCUUCACUUCACAAUGGGGGUUUCAUGGGAAGAAAGUGUGACUUAUUCCAUCAACGCAAUCUACCUUCUGUUCUCAGCGUACCUCGUCUUUGUGAUGCAAAUUGGGUUUGCCAUGAUAUGUGCAGGUUCGGUGCGUGCCAAAAAUGCUAUGAACAUAAUGCUCACAAACGUGGUUGAUGCAGUGGUUGGUAGCAUCUCCUUCUACCUCUUCGGUUUUGCAUUUGCAUAUGGCACUUCCAACGCUUUCAUCGGCACUCAUUUGUUUGCUCUAGCCCACAUUCCAAAUGCCACUUACGACUAUGCUUUCUUCCUUUACCAAUGGGCUUUUGCUAUAGCUGUCACAGGCAUCACAAGUGGAUCCAUAGCUGAGAGAACUCAAUUCAGUGCCUAUCUUGUUUUCUCGUUUUUCCUCAGUGGCUUUGUGUACCCAGUUGCGGUUCAUUGGGUGUGGUCAUCCAGUGGUUGGCUCAGUCCAAGUUCAACUCACUUGUUGUUGGGCUCAGGAGCCAUUGACUUUGCCGGGAGUGGAGUGGUGCAUUUGGUUGGUGCAGUUGCCGGGCUUUGGGGGUCCAUCAUAGAAGGCCCACGGACCGGAAGAUUCGAUGCUUCGGGCAGGCCCAUGCCUCUGAGAGGCCAUAGUGCAACACUAGUUGUGCUUGGAACGUUUUUGCUGUGGUUUGGUUGGUUUGGAUUCAAUCCAGGAUCCUUUGACAAGAUCCUUGUAUCCUAUCCCGGCACGUCGGAUCAGGGUAAUUGGACCUCGGUGGGUCGAACUGCCGUGACAACCAUAUUAGCUGGUUCGACGGCCGGGAUAGUUACCCUGUUUGGUCGACGGUUGUUAGUCGGCCACUGGGAUGCGAUGGAUGUGUGCAAUGGCUUGCUUGGUGGGUUUGUUGCCAUCACCUCCGGAUGCUCUGUUGUUGAGCCGUGGGCCGCCAUUAUUUGCGGGUUUGUGUCGGCUUGGGUUCUGAUUGGGCUGAACAUUGUGGCCCUAAAGUUGAACUAUGAUGAUCCAUUAGAGGCAGCCCAAUUGCAUGGAGGGUGUGGCACUUGGGGUUUGUUGUUUACUGGGUUGUUUGCCAAAGAGGAGUUUGUGAUUCAAGUGUAUAAUUCUGGUGAGAUUGGGGUUUCAAGACCCUAUGGUGUCCUACUUGGAGGUGGUUGGGGAUUGUUUGGAGCCCAAGUGAUUGAGAUUUUGACAAUCUUUGGAUGGGUAAGUGUAACAAUGGGCCCUAUAUUCUAUGCCCUGCACAAGCUUGAGAUAUUGAGAAUUCCUGUUCAUGAGGAAGUUACUGGCCUUGACAUUUCUUGUCAUGGAGGCUAUGCUUAUGCUCCAGAAAACUAUCAUCCCAGACUUUAUGGAGAUUACAUGCCUAUUCAACAUACCCUGUCCUAGUUUCAUUUCUGUGUGACAUGUCUGUUACUUUUUCCUUGGUUAUGUUGUGGAUUAGCAUUUUUUAAUGAUUGGAAUAAUUUUAGAUUAUUGAAUAAUAUUCAUUAAACUCUAGCUCUCAGAUAAAUUUCCAUUUUCUUUUCGGUAAGAACACAGAUAGAAGAGUGGCACUACAUGUGUUUGGUUCACUCGUUUUGGAUGAGACUUUUCACCAGGGAACACGAACAAAAAAGGCAUUAACAUCAAAGUAGAUGAUGAGAGGGACAAGUUCAGUUGGGUUCGUGUUAUGCUUCAACAUGCUUCGAAAUAUCAUGAAUAAAAGGAAUCUUGUAAGUGAGUGGAUCCCACACAAUGGAUAGACAUGAUUCUGUCACUUUCACGUCCUUUUCAACAGUCAUUUGCUGCAUCCGUAGUAAUGAGUAUCAUUGAAUUUGGAUAAAAAGAAUUUGUAUCAUUGACUUAUUAGGCCUAACCGUGUUAAG